AUGGUUGACGCUGCGUCGUGGUACUGCGGAAUCGUGGUCCUGUGUCUACUACUUUUUAGCUCCGUGAAGGAGAAUUAUGGAGGGGACGGCGACGUUGUUCAUCACGUACGAGGGAAGCUGCAGCUGUCCAACAACAGGGCGGCGUGCGACGAAAUCUAUGUGGUCGGAGAAGGGGAAACUCUGCAUACCAUCAGCGACAAGUGCGGCGACCCUUUCAUCGUUGAGCAGAAUCCACAUAUCCAUGAUCCUGAUGAUGUUUUUCCAGGACUCGUCAUCAAGAUUACUCCUACUAUAGCUCCGACCACCUAG